CUCAUUGCAAACAUUUCAAACACCUAGAUUUCUCUUUGAGCCUUACUUUCAAGUUUCUCCUUAGAAUCCUUUUCUCUUGUCCCCAUAAUUAGCAAAAUAAGCCAAUAGAAAACUGUUCCAUAGUUUCUUAUUCAAACUGGUCUUGAUUUUGAUUUCACUGAAUGGAGGGAAGAACAACCACCUCUGUACUCCCACCUGGCUUCAGGUUUCACCCCACUGAUGAGGAACUAAUUGUGUACUACCUUUGUAACCAAGCCACCUCAAGGCCAUGCCCUGCAUCAAUCAUCCCUGAAGUGGAUAUUUAUAAAUUUGAUCCAUGGGAAUUACCUGGUACAUAUAAAUCUGACUUUGGAGAAAAUGAAUGGUACUUCUUUAGCCCAAGAGAGAGGAAGUACCCAAAUGGGGUGAGGCCUAAUAGAGCAACUGUUUCUGGGUAUUGGAAGGCUACUGGCACUGACAAAGCAAUCUAUAGUGGGUCUAAGCAUAUUGGGGUGAAGAAAGCUUUGGUUUUCUACAAGGGUAAGCCACCAAAGGGUAUCAAGACAGAUUGGAUUAUGCAUGAGUACAGAUUAAUUGGAUCAAGAAGACAAGCCAAUAGGCAAAUUGGAUCCAUGAGGCUGGAUGACUGGGUCUUGUGUAGGAUCUAUAAGAAGAAGAACAUGGGAAAAUCAUUGGAGGCAAGAGAGGACUACCCUAUAUCCCAAAUCAAUAUUGCACCUGCAAAUAAUGACAGUGAUCAACAUGAAGUAAUGAAAUUUCCAAGGACUAGCUCUCUCACUCAUCUUUUGGAGAUGGAUUACUUGGGUCCAAUAUCACAUAUAUUAUCUGAUGGCUCAUUCAAUUCAACCUUUGAUUUUCAAAUUAACACUGACAAUGGAGGAAUAGACCCGUUUGUAAAACCACAGCUGGUUGAAAUGCCUAAUAAUGACCCUUAUGCAUCAGAUUCAGGGAAGUACCAAGUGAAACAGAAUAGCACCCUCAACCCCACCAUAUUUGUGAACCAAGUGUAUGAUCAGAGAGGAUAAUAUCAAUAUUAAAAACUAAUGAAAUUUGAUUAUUUUGGCAUGACGAUAAGCGUCACCAAUUAAAUAAUCCUGAAGAUUCUUUGUAGAAAUAAAUAUUACAUCACCCAAUGAAUUUUCAGUGAUAUGAAAUAUCCAAUCAGAUAGCUAGCUCCCACAGAAAUUGUAUAUAUAUACUCUUUGUAAGAAAUACCAUUCACUUUUUUAAAAAACCUU